AUGAUGAAGACCAUUCGCAUCCUUUUGGCUCUCUGUUUGGCGGGCACUGUUGUUUGGGGACAAGAGGAACAACACUGCCAGUGUGAUGACUUGCAGCAGCGACACGACAAAUGUGUCAAUGACUGGUCGGCUCUGGAUCAGGUUCGUGCCGUAUUGGAAGAGCAAUUGCGCAAUACGGGACGAGAAGCCGAGGAGCGUUGUCAGGGACAAUUGGAACAGGCAAAGAUUGAUCACCAAUCCCAAGUAGAUCAAGUUCGUGGCUCCAGCGACAUUAUCGUGCAGCAGGCGGAACAGCGAUGGGCGUUAUGCGAGGAGACGAGCAAAGCCAAAAUUGAAGAGGUUCAAAAUGAACGCCAAGCCGCGGCGGCACUUGCGGAACAAGCCAAAGUGGAAUUGUCGCAAUGCCAGAAUCAGCAAUCGGAGCUGACGGUCAAUCUCGAACAGGUGAAAACUGGUCAUCGCGAGUUGGAAUCGAGUCACCAACAACUCAACAACGAGCUCCGUUCGACCAAAGAGUUGUUGAAUGCGGCCAAGCAAGACAAGCAGGCGUUGGAACAGGACAAGGCCAAUUUACAAGCUGCCAAGGGUAAAUUGGAAAAGGAUCUCAGCAAACGUUCUCUUGAUUUGCAGAAGACCCAGAAAUCAGAAAGAUCGUUAAAGACAGAACUCGGCGAAACCAAAAAGACUCUGGACGAAAUGAUUGCGGCUAAAACAAUUAUCAGCAUUGACUACGAUUUGCUCAAUGAACGUAUUGAAGAAUUCAAGACCUUCGUUAUGCAAAAUGUAAACAAGUUCCUCAAUAUUGUCGGAGAACACCUCGGAUUUGUCAAGGAGGAAGCCAUCAAGUUUUGGAAAAUGCUGGAAAAGGAUGUCUUCCCACACAUCCGUCGCUUUGUCGAGAAGGAUGCCCUCCCAUUCCUGAAAAAGACGUGGAAAGACACCAAGGCAUUCUGGGAAGAAACCUACGCUCCUUAUCGGGGACCAGUCAACAAACAAAUCAAGCAAGCCAAACGGGAAUGGAACAAAUUCUACAAAGCCAACCUGGAACCGACCGUCAAGGAACACAAACUGGACCAACACUAUGAUGCUGCCAAAGCCACGGCUGUGGAGCACAUGGCACUCGCUCACGAAAAGCUCGUGGAAGGCGUCGAGUCCAGCAGCUCGGUGGCCCUCAAAUUUGCCAAGAUGGAGAACUUUCCCCCCGUCAUUAUCGAGUACCUCCAGCUUGUGAAUACCAACGUGGAACCUGCUGCCUUUGCCAUUGAAUGCACCAUUGCCUUUUUGGUCAUUCGAUUCAUUCUCGGAUGGCUCUUCUUUGGUCCCAAGAAAAAGAAGGGAAAGAAGCCAAAGAUGACCAAGAAACAGUGGCAGGAAAAACAGGAAAUGGAAAAGGCAAAAACCAAACAGCAGCAACAAGCGCCCAAGAACAACAAGGCCACGAAGAAUGGCAAGAACCAGAAGAAGAACAAAUAG